CAUGCAGGUACAUGUCCCUUUCAUAGUUUAACCCCCACUUCGUUUGAUCUUUGCUGCCGUUCCUUUCUGUUGAUAGCUGCUUCCUUGACCCUUCGUUUCAUUUUUCCAUUUCCUAACAAUUUAUGGAUUCACACGUUCCUUCCAACCCUGCAACACUGCUACCUCUCAUAAACUAUCAAAGCUUUGGUUACUUUUCUCUGUACGAGUAAAAACCACAGUUUUUCAACGUUUUUAAACCCCCCCAUCAGGUUGAAACCUCAGGCUAGGAUUUUGGUUAUAACAGUGAUUCAAACCAUGCUGUGAAUUCUUUUAACCCUGCAGUGUAUUCAAGUUUCCAACUUGCUUCGUUCUUUUCCAAAAGGUAGUUGGCUUGAGUGUCUUGUUUUCAUCCUGGUUGGUGGUUGGUGUGUGUGAUAAAUUUGAGGGACAAAUGUCGUUACAAAUUUUAAUAGGAGCGUAGGAGACUGGAGCUGGGGCCAUAGCUAUGUUUUGCAAUUGCUUUGGUGCUUUGAAUCGAUGUGGAAGGAGGGAUGAUUCUGAAGACCAGCCACAUGAACAAGCAACAGGAGAUUUUCAUCCUUCAAGCAAAAUCGGUGGAGGAGGCUAUGGAGUUGUCUACAAGGGAGUUUUAAGGGAUGGUACUCAAGCUGCUAUCAAGUCUCUUUCUGUAGAGUCUAAACAGGGAACCCAUGAAUUUAUGACAGAAAUUGAUAUGAUAUCAAAUAUACGGCAUCCAAAUCUUGUGGAACUGAUUGGCUGCUGUGUUGAGGGUAGUCACCGAAUAUUGGUUUAUGAAUUUUUGGAGAACAAUAGCCUUGCGAGCUCUUUGCUUGGUUCAAAAAGUAAAUAUGUUGCUCUGGAUUGGCCAAAGAGGGUUGCUAUUUGUCGUGGCACGGCUUCUGGUCUAACUUUUCUUCAUGAUGAGGCACAACCAAACAUUGUUCACAGGGAUAUCAAGGCCAGCAACAUAUUGUUGGAUGGGAACUUCAAUCCGAAAAUUGGGGAUUUUGGUCUGGCAAAACUUUUUCCUGAUAAUGUCACCCAUGUUAGUACUCGAGUUGCAGGAACUGUGGGAUAUCUUGCCCCAGAAUAUGCACUUCUGGGGCAACUUACAAAGAAGGCAGACGUGUACAGUUUUGGGAUUCUUAUGCUUGAAAUAAUCAGUGGGAAAAGUAGUAGCAUAGCUGCCUUUGAGGAUGAUUAUUUGGUUUUGGUGGAAUGGGCUUGGAAGCUGAGAGGAGAAAAUAGGCUUUUGGACCUUGUUGAUUCAGAACUAAGUGAAUAUGAUGAGAGUGAGGUGUAUAGGUUCCUCAUAGUGGCUCUAUUUUGCACCCAAUCAGCCGCUCAACAUAGACCAAGCAUGAAGCAAGUAUUGGAAAUGCUUUGCAAGGAAGUUCAUCUCAAUGAGAAGGCAUUGACUGAGCCCGGAAUAUACAGAUGGCACAGCAAUGGAAAGAGGGGUGGUUCUUUGAAUGAGACAUCAUCUUCUCAAGCAAUCAAGUACAAAAGAACCGAAAAUCCACAUGAAGCACCUUCAACUCACUUCAGUGGUACAGAUAUUGUGACAGAGAUGCUUCCAAGAUGAUCAUGGUUACAUGUGUAUGUGGCGUUAGGUACAUAUAUAAGUAGAAUGUGGUCAUAUAUAUCAUUUAGUAAUUAGGAAUAAGAUCAAUGUUUUUCCAAAGGGAAAUACAAUAUCAUGGGAAGAAAGGCCUUAUUCGUCCGCAUGUGUACGUAAUAUAUGCGUGUGUAUAUACAUAUUUUCACUUUGCUAAUUGUUUCUUUAUGCUGUUAAAGAUGUGAUGAUGAUUCUUUUGUUGUA